UUCCCUUAUGUGAAACUUCCGCUAUCGAAAGGCGUGCGUUUUGAAACAGAGAAUAUGGCUCAAUUACCAAAACAACAGCAGACAGGAGAUAAAGAUAAAGACCGAGAGAAGAAAAAGAAGGAAACAAUCCUCGAUCUGUCCAAAUAUCUGGACAAGCCAAUCAGAGUCAAGUUUAGUGGAGGCCGGGAGGCCAGUGGAGUGUUGAAAGGUUACGACCCCUUGUUGAACCUCGUACUGGACGGAACGACAGAAUACCUCAGAGAUCCUGAUGAUCCCUUCAAGCUGACAGAGGACACCCGCCAUCUUGGACUUGUUGUGUGUCGAGGGACGUCGGUGGUCCUAAUCUGUCCGUCGGAGGGAAUGGAGGCCAUCGCUAAUCCAUUUGUCCAGCAGGAAGGAUGAAAACUAUAGAACAUCGACAUUCCAUAAAAUGUGAAUCAUGAUGGAACAGUUCGGCUUUCUACUGGGGAGUUGAUACGAAAUUUGAAAAAAACGAUCAAACCCUUUUUGAAAAUGUUGUUUUGUGGGAUACAUACUGUAUCAAUAUUUUAUAUUCCAAAUUGUUUUACCUAAACAUUGAAAAAUAACUAGGUUUUCUGAAAUCACAUUAGUGCUGGCAGUUUAAUUUUGUUAUAUGUAUAAUUUUCUAGAUACAUACACUACUGUAUUGACAAACUUUUGACCUCCAUAGGAACUGACUGAUGUCAAUGUAAGGGAAAAGUGCUGUGCCUGUAUUCAUGAAACCGCUCUCUUGUUCAGGCAUGAAUUCUGUGCUCAAACUAACUUUCUUGUAACUUGUUGAAAUCAGCUGACAAGGUCAUAAAGUCAAAUGUAAACUUUUAAAACGAUGUUGGACUGUCGGUCUCUACCAAAUCAUUGACAGAACAUGAUUUUUUUAGGUCACCUGAGCUUUAGCUCAAG